GAACGACACCUGUUUUUACAGAUUCGCCGCUCUGAUCUCCUCGCAUUCGAUUCGGCGAAAUCGACUCCCCUUUUGUAAUGCAGACUGGACCACACAUUGUAGUUACGUAGUCUGCGUUGUCGGAAACCCUUGAGGUUUAGAGUGAAGACGGACGAUUGUCUCUUCAAAGGCUUUGGGGUCGCUUAUCGCACGGGCGUGAACAAUUUGUAUGGAUUGUUUGGGUUCGUCGGCAGUUGCAAGAGAAUGAGCGUGGUGAAGAGAUUGGGUCAGCGAGAUGGGUUCGAUUUCUGCAGCUAAUUUGGAGCUCAUCGCCACACUGGCCUCGCACUGUUUGCAGAGGACGACAGAGAGCGUGAAACAAGGGCAAGCCGUGUUGCAGCAAGCCGUCCAACCCUUGCCGUCAUGUUUCCCUCCAGGCCCCAACGGUGACGUUGCGCUUGACUUCGCGCGUGAUCCUCUUGAAUGCCUGGCGUCUCUCAAGUCUCGUUAUGGGAGCCUCGUUGGGUUUAAACUGGCGUCUCGGCCUAUUGUCCUCGUUAGCUCUCCGAAUUUUUCUAGGGAAGUGUUUGUUACUCAGAGCAGCACCUUCAUUAAGGCAGGAACAGCCUUCUUUCCGGGUAGUAGUCUUGCCGGGAACGGCCUGCUUGUGAGUGAUGGAGAUAUCUGGAAACGGCAGCGUCGACUUUCAAAUCCAGCCUUUAGAAGAGCCGCUAUUCAAACUUACGCCGAGGCCAUGGUGAAUAUUACUGAGAAGAUGGUGGACAAGGUCUGGCGAACAGGUGGUGUGCGUGAUGUCUAUGCAGACUUCAAUGAAUUAACCAUGGAAAUCGUAGCAUCAGCGCUCUUUGGAGCUUCCGAGGCGUCUGAAGAGAUGGCCCAGGUCGGCCCAGCCAUUACUCAAGCAUUCCAGUUCUUCACUCGGAGGGCAACUUCUAUGUUCAUUGUGCCGGAAUGGGUACCUACUUUUGACAAUAUUCAAUAUAACAAUGCCGUAACCGAUUUAAAUAAGGUUGUGUUUCGCCUUAUCAAUGAAAGAAGACGUCAGUUGGCCAACUCAUCAGCCCCUCCGAGGAAAGACUUGUUGACAAGGUUGCUGCAUGUAACAGAUGAGGAUGGUUCAGGGAUGGAUAAUCAAUCAUUGCGCGAUGAGCUCAUGACUUUUCUUGUUGCGGUGCCUAAUCUCAAUUCAUGUGCUCCUGGGCUUGAUUUGGUAGAAGAUAUCACAUGCGCUUCCAGAACCGGCUUCCCAGAGCUGUAUCCAGAGAACACAGGGCAAGAGACAUCAGCAAUCUUGUUAACAUGGGCGCUGCUCAUGUUUGCUCUCCAUCCACAUACCCAGGAGCUUGUCUUUCAAGAGAUUAGUGAGGUGCUCAAUGGACAACUACCUAGGCAGACUGACGUUUCAAAGCUUAGAUACCUGGAAGCAUUCAUCUGGGAGACGCUGCGGCUAAUGCCUCCAGCAUACGUUGUGGGCAGAUGUGCUUGCCAUCCUACUGAACUGGGAGGUUAUAAAAUUCCUCAAGGUACAACAAUUCUAGUGAGUCCGUAUCUACUGCACCAAGAUCCAGCUUUCUGGCCAAGAGUAUCGGAAUUUGACCCCUCAAGGUGGAUGCCUGGUGGAGAUGCAACGGAACAUAUGGAGAAUGAUAGUUUCUGGCCGUUCGGAGGCGGUCCCCGAAAUUGCAUAGGCAUGGGCUUUGCAAUGAUGGAGGUCACUUUGGUUCUUGCCGUCAUCUCAAGCCGCUUCAGAGUGUCGUUGCCGGUAGGCGAGCCCAUACCCUCGCCCAGAGCCAUGAUUACGUUGCGCCCAGAGAGUGAAGUCAAGCUUCGAUUAACAUCAAGACGACAACAGAGGCAACGGAAAUCUGAAGCUGCUGAUGAAAUGAAGGUUAUUGUCUGCCUGAAUUAAGUAAUAUUCCGUGAUAUUGCACGGGAAGUCAUGUCAGCUCAGUUUACAUUUAAUUCAUUGAUCCGAUACUGCUACUCAUUUCAGCACAACUUUUUCAGCGUCUAGCGCAAGUGUAAACUUGUUAAGCAGAGUUGAAUCAUGAACAUGAGGACUAGAUAUUUGUUAUCGUCCAGGCUUGAGGAUACAAUCCACCUGUAGGCAAGGCUAAAAUUUUGUUCACAUUGUGUAAAGUCCCAUCGUCUAGAACGCCUGCGUGUGCUUAGGACUCUCAAAUGAUUCUGAAUUUAGAAUAGUGGGUUCCCCUUUCAUGUGGAUGUGGCUUAACAUAUUCAGCUCUCAAAUGAUGGAUCAUAACUAUGAACACUGUGGACUUCCGAGUGUCCGAUGUGUGAUUUCUACUUUUGUCAUCGAAUGAGAAAUGAUACCAGCAUAAAUUUGA